AUGGCUGAACGGAGAGAGUGGGAUGCUCGUCUACUGUGUGAAAUGUCACGAGCAAGUAACUGUCCAUCUGUCGGCUACCAACUAGCUGGGACUAAGAAGGUACAACAAAAUGCCGAGGGGGACUGGGAGAUUGAGAGAGCUCUAAAAAAGCCUGCUGAUUUUGUUGUCAAACCACAAAGAGAGGGUGGAGGCAACAAUUUCUAUGAUGAUGAUGUUCGUACCCUCUUGGAGGAAAUCAAACACACCUCAAAGAGAGCAGCAUACAUUCUCAUGGACAGGGUGCAUCCACCAGUACAACCUGGACUUAUUCUGUGGCUAGGCAAGAACAUUGUUACCCCUGUAGACCUCACUUGUGAACUGGGAAUUCUUGGAGUCUUUUUGAGGUCAAAUGAACAUACUUUAUUAAACACACUACCGUAUGCCAGAGGCAUACGGUAG